AUGUUCAUGCUGGUCAACUGCUCCCAUUGCCGCACGCCCUUGCAGCUGCCGCCGGGGGCCAAAUCCAUCCGAUGCGCUAUUUGCAAGGCCAUCACGCAGAUCGCCGAUCCGCGCCAAGCGCCGCCACCGCCGUCUCCCGCCCCUCCAGCCCCGCCCUCUCCCUACACCCACGCGCCGCCUGGACCCCCGCCCAACGCCCACGGCCGAAAAAAAGCUGUCAUCGUCGGAGUAUCCUAUAGAUACUCCCGCCACGAGCUGAAAGGAUGCAUCAACGACGCUAAAUGCAUGAGACAUCUUUUAAUCAACAAGUUUCGCUUCCCGGAGUCUUCAAUUCUCAUGCUAACUGAAGAAGAAACUGAUCCCUACAGAAUCCCGACCAAGCAAAAUAUGCGGAUGGCAAUGUUUUGGCUUGUACAAGGAUGUCAGCCUGGGGACUCCUUGGUGUUCCAUUAUUCUGGUCACGGUUCUCGCCAAAGGAACUACAAUGGAGAUGAAGUUGAUGGAUAUGACGAAACCUUGUGUCCUCUUGAUUUUGAAACACAGGGUAUGAUUGUGGAUGAUGAAAUUAAUGCAUCUAUUGUCAGGCCAAUACCCCAUGGUGCCAAGCUUCACGCCAUAAUAGAUGCCUGCCAUAGCGGAACAGUUCUUGAUUUACCAUUUCUUUGCAGAAUGAACAGGAGUGGACAGUAUAUAUGGGAGGAUCAUCGUCCUCGAUCAGGUGUGUGGAAAGGAUCGAACGGUGGUGAAGUAAUUUCCUUCAGUGGCUGCGAUGACGAUCAGACCUCGGCCGAUACAUCUGCUCUAUCAAAAAUCACCUCAACUGGGGCCAUGACAUUCUGUUUUAUCCAAGCCAUCGAGCGUGGCCAUGGGACCACAUACGGGAGUAUACUAACAGCCAUGAGAACUGCAAUUCGUGAUGCGGGCAGUUCGGGUCCUGACCUUGGAGGCGGUGUCGUCACAUCACUUUUGACUAUGCUUCUUACGGGCGGUAGCGUGAGCGCAGGUGGCCUUAGACAGGAACCCCAACUCACUGCUUGUGAACCUUUCGACGUGUAUGCAAAGCCAUUUUCUCUAUAA